UUCUCCUUAAAUUCGAACUUGUUCCUCGAAGGUGCCCACGUCUCGGAAUCAGUCCCGAGCUAGCCUCCCCAGCAAAAGAAAGGUUAAGAGUAGGAAAAGGAACCGCACAGGACUACGAGUCCCGUCAGGCCUCGGAGACGGUGGCCAAGUGCCUUCUGGGAGUUGUAGUUCUUUGGACACGAGCACUGAGCCGCUUCGCCGACAGAAGACUCGGUUUCCCAAAGGGCUAAGCGCGGCGUCCCGGCAGGCAGCGCGACCAACAUGGAGGAGGCCAGGCUGCCGUGAGCGCGCUUCCUGAGAGGCCCCUGCAGGAUAGACGACUGAGCCUGGGCCCAGAAGGCUUGCUGAGACCGAGCCUAACCACCCACCAGCACCCAGGAAACGAGGCCGGGACAGCGCUGCCCUCUGGAGAGAUGGCGGCGACUGGAGGCGGUGAGGCCGACUGCAAGGCCGAGUUGGGCGGCCUUCCUUCGGACGCGGUCUCCCUCAGUGACUCAGAUUCAGACUCGGACCUCAGCCUGCCAGACAGUGCCAAGGUGGACACCCUGUCCCCAGAGGAGUUGCGGGGCGAGGCCGAGGGGGAUUCCGGCCCCGAUGAGCCACCCUCACCCCCAGCAGGUCCGCCCCAAGCCCCUGUCCGGCCAUUUCACCUGCCCGGCAUGAGUCCCAGCUUCUCACAGCGCAGCAGAAACAUCUUCGACUGCCUGGAGGGUGUGGCCCACACCGACUCUGGAGACGGGGGCCACUUCAAGCGGCCCUUGGCACCCCCAGACCACCCUCCAGAACAGGGCCCACGCUGCGGCAGUCUGAGAGCUGUCCCACCGCCCCGGGUGCCCUCUGUCCCCGACUACGUGACGCACCCCGAGCGCUGGACCAGGUACAGCCUGGAUGGCAUGCCUGAGGGCAGUGACCAGAGCAACCGUGAGGCGGCCUUGUCUUUCCUGGGCUCCCGGAGCCCGGCUGGGCCCCCCAAAUAUGCCCCCACCUUCAACCAGGACCCCUCCAGCCGCGGGCAGGGCAGAAUCAUCUUCAGUAGGCCCGAAAGGAGCCGGGGCCCAAGGAAGGUGGGCGCAGCCGUGGGUGAGGCCGAGGAUGGCGUGAAGCUGGCCCACCUGGUCGCCAGCCCUGAGACUGAGGAGGGGGGCCCUCAUGGGGACCUGCAGGAGGGAGAGGGAACCCCCCCUGGGCUGGGCCCCGGCCCAGGGCCGCCCCUCUUGGUAGAAGCAGUAGGGUUCCACGGCAGCAGGAAACGGAGCAGGAACCACUUACGGAGCAAAGGCAGCAGCCCUCCCGACGGCCCCGGGGCCGAGGCCUAAGAUGCCCUCAGCGGGCAAUGCCUGUGGCAGCGCCUGCACACACGGGAGCCCCGCCAUCACUGCCAUGUGGGGACAGUAAAAGUUUGAGGGCUCA